AUGGCAGAGGCCGAGGAGAGACAGAGAGUGCCAACUCCGGAGAAGGUUCUGCGAGACUUGGCUAAAAAUGCGUCCAAAGCCAUCCCUCGAUUUGAAGAGAAGGAGCCAAUCACCGGCCUUCGCGACCUGGUUGACCCGCUCCUAGAGACUGCUGAUCUGCCUGACCUAAACCCUGGUCACAGAGCCGCAGCAUCGAAUGCACUAUGCUCAAUCAUUGAAUCCUGCCAAGCAUCGAAAACUGAGUAUGCGCGCGACGCUAUCCUGGAUGACUCGAUAUGGCUUCGACUGUUUAACAUCUACCUGCAAAGAUCAGACGAUGCCAAGGGCAAGUCCAUGAGACAAAUGCUCUUGCUUCUCACCAGCGUCAUAACUAAGAACCAAAGCACAAGAGCGUCCGAGCUCCGACUCCAAGCUGCAGCAACCUUCAUGGACAUUACCUGUGUCCGACAAGACCGUAUGAAGGUCAAACCGGCCGUGCAAGGUCUUGCACACUUCUUACUCCGGGAUGUAGUGUCAAUUGCACAGCUGCUCGAGAUCUACGGUGCUCAAUCAACCUUCACUGGACAAUCAGGAACACCAUCUCCGCAAAUAUUGCUCAAAGCUUUCCUCACAUGGGUGGUCCACCAUGACACUUCACUCUCGGCGGGUCAUUUGGUCAAGAACUUCCUUAUCCAGGCGCGCCGGCUGCCCGAAUAUACUGCUCAAGGUGACAACACAACCAUCUCACCGAUAUGGAUAGAGCCGGUCGUUGAUAUGCUUCAUCAAUGGCCGGACCGACUACGCGAGUUCAAGGCCAACGUUUUCCCUCACUGCUUCUUACCAAACAUUGACGAAUACCUUCGCUUGCUCUCGUAUCUACGUUUCGACGUGCACGUGCAGGCAAGAGGCGACAUACCUCAAGCUCUGCGUACGUACGAAUCGCAGAACAACGGCUUGGAUAGGUCGGAAGAAUUCAAAAUUCUGUUGGCCGCUCUUGAGACGGGAAAGGAGCUGACCAUCGUUCGCGACAUCGACUACCGUUUAUGCGAUCGCAUUGAGAUCCAAGGCAACUACUUGCAUCUGCCCGAUGACAUCUUUGGCGCAUGGAUGUCACACUCCGAGCCUGAGGUCAGACUCGCCGGAAUGUUUCUUUCAAUACACUCUACCGCUAUCACAAAGCCUAUGACCGGUGGCAUCUUCAAGUCCCUGAAGCGCAAUCUUGUUCAUCUUCACACAGACACAGAUGCUUACUUCCGAAGGGAGGUUCAUGGCUACACACAGAAGCUCUUCGACCGCCUUCGAGCGAGUACAGCUACGCUAUCGAAAAGCCUGAUCAAAGGCCGCACCUCGGAACAGGGACGGUUACCCUUACCGAAGGAGUGCUUCCAGCAGCAGAGCCCAAGUGCCAGGACAUUAACGGAAGACCCACUGACGGAGUCUCUGGUAUUCAUCGUAUGGUACACAAGGUUCCUUGAGUGGGAGCUGCGUUCAACCGGUACCUAUCAGCGUCGCAUCACUGCUUUGCGAUCUUUGAUCAUCAUUCUCAAAUCCGGUGUCGAUGCGGGAGUUCCACACGCACAGCUUUCUAAAUCCGCGCAGGGAGAGCUGAACUGGGCACACAGCCUGCAGAUCUCGAAAACCCGUCUUAUGCGUUUGCUGCUAGACCUGGUAUUGGAUCCAUUCGACGACAUCAGGGAAGCUUCCAUUUCAGUCCUACAGCUUUGUCUCGCAGCGCUACCCGAUGUCGAAAGGAGUGCGGUACUAUCAACGCUCCCUCGCUUCAUUGCCCGCGCAGAGGGUAUGAUGGUCCGCACAGGGCGCGCCGACCAGGCGGAUGGUGUUGCUCGAGCAUAUUCGCUUCUCUUCACUGUGGCCAACGCCAACGUUACAGAAACAUUGGAACUGCCGUCUUCGAAAUCUGAGGUUUUUAAUGGUCUGAGAAGGCAGUUGACAGAAACACUCCAAGUGGCUCAUGCAAAUCUAUCACAGGCUGUCAAUGGUCGCCCAGUGCAUGGUAUCUAUGCUGCACUGACAUACAUCGUAGACCAAGAUACGUUCUAUUCCACCAUCGCAAAAGAGGAGAUUGAAGUUCAUCGUACAUGGGUGGAAGCCCACAAUGAGUUGAUUGAAAGCUUCGAAACACUCUGGUCUAUUGUCUACAAUGUCCUUUGUGCAGAUGCUCCGGAAGGCAACGUCCCAGAUGAGGUAGACGAAGCAGCAAACCUUGACACAAGAGAAGUCUUGAGCUACUCAUGGCGAGGCCUCAAAGAAGCCAGCGUCCUGAUACGGACCAUCAUCACUAAAGCCUCGAUUGGCAAUGAUGAUCAGAGCAUACUUACACCAGCUGUGUUCGAAAGACUCGGCCGGCUUUGCUUCACACAGCUUCUGGAGCUUCGCCAUCGCGGUGCGCACUCAACGGUCGCUCAGACCUUCGCGGCUUUCUGUCGUCGUUGUGCAACCUCGAAGAUUCCAGAACUUCAAGCGUUACCAGAUGCAUGGUAUCAGGAAACGCUUCGGUCUAUGCAAGCCAAGGCUGGAGCUAUUACUCGAAGAUCUGCUGGCAUCCCUACACUGAUGGCCAGCAUCAUCGCAGCCGAGCCAGAAGCGGGAGGCAAGCUGCUAGCUCGUGCGAUGAAUGAUCUCGUCAGCGAAGCAUCUGUGGAGGCGCAACACACCAAUAUCGAAGAGAGUCGCCUGCCGCAGGUGCAUGCUCUCAACUGCAUCAAGGAAAUUUUCACCACUUCCAAACUCAGCGUAGCAUCAGAAGCAUACAUCGCACAAGGUCUUGAGCUUGCAGCAAAGACACUGAACUCAAACAUUUGGCCAAUUCGAAAUUGCAGCCUGAUGCUUUUCAAAGCCUUGAUCGAACGACUGCUCGGUAGCAGUGAAGCACAAGACUGGAAAGAGCAGGACCGGGCGAAGACAUCGCGCUUUUCGUACGACAACUACCCUAGCCUGCUGAGCAUACUGUCGGAUCUUCUCGAUCCAAGUGGUCCGUUGAAGCAAACACUCGAAAACAGUUCAGAGAGCAGUAACCCUUUCGAUCUCCACGGUGCUGAAGGUGUCUUCCCAGCACUGCAAAUCCUGCGGCAGGCGCGACCGCCCACAAAUGAACUUGGAUCAAUCCGAGCAUCCGUCGAAAAGCUUCUGGCAAGCCCGCAUUGGCACAUGCGUGAUAUGGCUGCACGAACAGUUGUGUCCCUGCUUCCAUCGUACAUUAUGUACGAUGCGGCAUUCGAGAUGCUUGGAAAGGACUACCGCUCGACCAACACCCGGCAUGGUGUCCUGCUGGCCGUUAAGUACAUGAUGAGGAAACUGAUCAAUGAUCAAAAGAGUCUGGCUUCGCAAAGCAUUGAGGCCUUACUGCUGGAAUUAAUCAACUGCGUCGAUCGACGGUUCACACACAACAUAUGUCCCUUCAUUGACACUGUCUUCUUCGACAUCGUCAGCACGUGCGGCUUGUCCAUACUUCAGCGACAGGAGUCAAAACCUGUACUGGCAUCAUGGACACAACUCACUUCGUUCAUUGAGAUUGGUCCAGAGUAUGAGCUGGGCAUCAGCAGUGAAUCUGAUAGCCCGCUUCGUAUCGAAGCGUUGGCCAGGCUGUUCAUCAUUGACCGUGUCAUCGUUCGUCCUGAGUCCCUGGGCACAAUUGUCGCACAGGAUUACCAGAGCAUCGGUGAUGCUCUUAUGCUUCUGGCGGCUGAGGAUCCGGAUACCUGCUGUGUUGCGCUCGAGACUUUGGAGACGAUCAUCGAAAAGGUCUCCUCCGAUGCACCAAAAAAGCCGGUAUCUCUGCUCAUGGCGCACAUCCACUGUGUGGUCCUAAAUGCCGAGAACCCAGAAGUUAUCUCAAGAGCACAACACGUACUUGCAGAAGCUCUAGCCAAUGGGUCUUCAAGGCGAGCCGAGUUCUUCAGCCUACUCACCUCCUCACAACUCCUCGAAACCCUCUCCAAACUAGAAACACAGUGUCUCUCCGCUCCACCAUCAAACAUGCAGAGCGCCCUACACCUCCUCGGUUUCUUCCUCGAGCAUACCUACUACACGCUCCCUUCAGCGUGUGACACCAUUUUCUCAGCAUUAACCCGCUACAUCCGGCUCCUGCGCAUGACGCUCAUCGACACAAAUCCCUUUGACACGCGUUUCGCCGCCGCACAAUCCAUCUGCGCUUUGUGUUCCCUCUGGACCGCAAGCACACCUACAUCGCGCCACUCGCCGCAUGUCCUCGGUCUCGGGCUAAUUCUGUACGAUAUGCUGCAAGACGACGACGACGAGAUUCGGGACCUCGGUGCACUCGCCACUUCAACCUUCCUCUCCUCCACAACAAAGCAAAAGGGAGAGCCCACGGCGCCGAUAUUGGCAACCCAACACCUGCUUACGCACCUCAUCUCUCUCUUUCCCAAGUCCGGAGCACUGGCUACACACGCCCUGCGCCACCUCUCCUCCACCGCACCCGCAUCGCCCUUGUUCAGCACACCGUUCACGGAGGUAGUAGAGGAAGUGACGAAGCCGCAAACAGCCCUCUUUGCGCAGGAAAAACAAAACCUGUUCAAAGACGACGUACUCGACGCUUUAUCGUGGAGUCGUGUACUCUCCACACCCUCCCUUAUUGCCUCUCUUCCGGCCUCCGUGUUCGAGAGUGCAGCUCUUUGGACGAAUGAUGCUCUUGCAGUUUUGACAGAUAGAUAUGAGGAGGAGACCGAUGGCGCGCUGGGAUGGGCGAGUAAGCCCGAAGUUUUCGCGUGGUUGCUCCGUAUCAUCUGCCUCGCGGACGUGGUCCUGCAGACCAGUGCGAAGGGCAAGACGGGAGUUAAGUUGGGGUUGGCGAAGAUGGUGGGUGCGAUGGAGAAGGCCGAGGGGCACGGGGUGGUGCUGGAGCACGCCGAGAAGGUGUUGGAGGAGGAUGUGAUGAGGAGUUUGGGGGUGGUGAGGGGUGUUGCGGAGAGUGCGCCGGAGUACGCUGUUAGUUGGUUGUCGGGAUAG